UGAUUACCAGGUUUAUAAGAAAAUACCUAUUAAAUGCCUUGAAUAGCUACUUAUUUUUUACAUGGCACCACCCCUGGUUUCUCUCAGGGUAGUACUCCUUUCUCUUAGAGUUUUGACUGUGGCUUUCCUCGUCAUAACUGUCAUCAUCCUAAGCACCAACAGCGUCACCAUUGUAUCUCAAGGAAACUCAUUGAAAUUUCAUUUCAAAGAUGUUUAUGCCUAUAGAUACAUGUUUUCAGCCGCUAUAAUUGGAUUACUUUACGCUGUCAUACAACUGUUCUUCUCAAUCUCUGAACUCGCCACCAGAACUAAAAACCCUUUCAAUUAUCAACUGGAUUUUUACGGUGACAAGAUAAUAUCAUAUCUAGUGGCAACUGGUUCGGCGGCUGGAUUUGGAGUGACCAAAGAUUUAAAAGAUACAUUUCUAGCAUUAGUCGUAUUGGAUUCGACUGAUCCUGUAGAUAAGCUCUUCAGCAGAGGAUACGCAUCGGCUAGUAUGCUUCUCUUUGCUUUCUUCUGCCUCGCUGUUUUAUCUGUUUUUUCAUCACACACCACUGCCAAACACCAGUUUAGUUAAGUUCCAUCAUUAUUCACUCAUACUCUCUUCGAUUCGAUAAUAUGGCUUUGUAGCUAUGUAAUGUGUUGGUGCAAUUCUUUAAACAAUUUGACUUUUUAUGGAAUCUCAAGUAUAGUGCUGGUUCAAGAGAAAAUACGG